AUGCCUUUGCCGUACAAGAGCUUUGGCAUGCAGCCGCCCGUGGAGAAGAGCAAGCUGGACCAGAGUCUGGACGAGAUUUCUGGUCGUAAUGAAAAGUUUAUGAAGGACCGUGGCAUCGUUAGAAAGCGACGCCAGCAGGACCUGGAGGACGACGACGACGACGUCGAAGAAAUCGUCAGGGAUGACGGCCCGGCCGCAUCCCGAGAGAUUGCAAAGCGUCCACGGAUCGAGGCCGUGAACCAUUCGGACGUUGUAAGGAUCACGCGUGGAGGACAACCCCGGGCCAUGUUCCUCAAGCAUGAUCCCAUGGCCAUGGACUGGGAGACCCACGGCCCCCUUGCCAUGGAAGCCAGUGCUAGCACUGGCGAAAAUGUCGUCAAACAAGUUGCCGGCGCUAUUGAGCGCAACAAAGCCAUGCACAAUGGCGUAUUUCAGCCAAUGAUGACCUACACUCGUGUCAUCACCAAAUACGACAGGCGACAGCGAGAGAAGCUCCUGGAGCAGGGUGGUCCUUCCGCGGAGGAGGUCUUGCGUGAGAGACGGGCUCGGCUGCUGCAGGCCGAGGAACAAGGCUCUCAAAGAGCUCCUGAGCCCGUUGCUCAGCGUCCUGCCCAUGGCAAUGGCCAUGGGCAGACGGGUCGCCAGAACUCUGGCAGUGGCCAGAGAUCUGGUGGCAGGUCCAAUUCCCGGCCCGCCAAUAUGGGCGCCAAGCGUCAACUCCCGGCUGUUCCCCAGUCCCAGAGCCGCUGGGCAAAGCCAGUGGUCUCCAAGGAGGACCUGGACGCGGACAUGGAUGACUGGCGUCAGGCAGCAGGCCUCGACACGCCCACGGAUUCGAGAAGGCCCGACGAUGGCAGCCUCGACUAUGAGCAGUAA